AUGUCACACAACUGUGAGAAUGAACAUUUCGAGCAUAACCAUAACCAUGAACACGGACAUGAGCACACUCCUCCUAUGGAGACCAGUUCCGUCCAAUCACUAUUCCAAUACAUCGAUACAGCCAAGAUUCGCUGCUUGAAUGCUGAGUCGGUAAAUAUUCCCAGUGGAAUAGCAAUGUAUAAGGUUUUUUUAAAACCUCAAAGUGAGAAGGAUGACUGUGAACGUUAUUUGCAAAGUGAUACUGAUUGUCAGAUGAUUUUACAUAUUCCCUUUGUUGGGACGUGCAAGAUACAUUCUAUACUAUUAAGGACCAACGGUGAUGAUGAUUCAGAGGGAGAACUCAGUUCUCCAAAGAAUAUUAAACUGAUAAAAAAUUACAGAGGGAACUUAGAUUUUGAAACCAUAGAAAAUUUCAAAGAUCAUCAUACGGUAGAAAGUCCCCAAACAGAUAUGCCUGUGUCUGAUAUAGUUGAACAUCAUUUACCGAAGAAUAAUUCUUGGUAUUGUGACUCUCUGUACUUAAUUUUUUUCGAAGAUAAUUGGAGUAGUGAUGAGGACGAACUUUGCCGAUUAUACUAUUUGGAAAUUCGAGGUGAAUUUUUGGGUAUAUCUAAAUCAAGGGAGCAGGUACCUUUAAUGACCGUAUAUGAAUCUGCGCCAAAUCCUGUUGAUCAUAUCAAGUUAGAAUCUGAGCAAACACAUAUCAACAUGGGAUUGUAA